AUGAGGGAAAAUCCCCAACCUCAGCCACCCUCUUUUUUGGGUGUAGAUGCUCAGGAUGGCAUCGACGACGCACCACGUUUUUCUCUCGAUUCAAAAGCAGAUUUGGCAGCACCUAUACCCCAAACUUCUACAAACUCCACUAGUGAGAUUGAAGCUCUCAAGUUGCGGAUUGCUGAGCUUGAGAUGCGACCCCAGAAUGAUGCGCCAACGCCGUCCUUAAGCCAAAACCCGACAGAUGCAGGAGCUAAACAAGGAAGCAAUCAGCCAAAAGUAAUGGCCAACUUGGAGCGAUAUAAGCGAAUGGAGGAAUGCCUCUAUCUUCAUCGGAAAGAAUGGGAAUCGGACGGUGGACCAGCGACUUGGAGCAUGAACGAAUUUAGCGAUAGGCCCGAAUGGAGGGACCAAGUUGGCCAGUAUGGACCGUGGAGGUAUCUGUGGGAAAUUAAGUCCGACAAGAAAUACGAAAGACCAGAUCCCUUCGAUCGCUAUCACGUCUGUGAAGCAGGCCACGACAAGCAGAAUAAAACUGAGUAUGACGAGUAUGAUCGAACGAUUGAUUACGGGUAUCGUCGAGAGAGGCUUCGUAAAAACUUUGAGUGGGAUCUGGACCGUCUAUUCUUGGCGGAAGAAAUGGAGCGUCGACGGCAGGGUAGUGUAAUGCAUAAACCAAAAGCAUCGGACGUCUCGAACCAGAAAAUGCAGCAGUCUCAUGGCCACGAUACCGACGCUAUAGAUGAGGCCAGCCUCAUAUUUUAUGCUGAGCCAGAAAUAAAGCGUCUAGACUGGUCUGGAUUCAAGCCACUGGCAAAUUCGCUGGAGAAGGACGCACAUGCUAUUGACGUUCUCGUCGGGGAGCCUAUCAUUGAAGAUAGUAGUCUCAAUCAAUCUCUAAAUUGGUUUGACUAUCAGCCCCGGCAACAUCAGAAGCCAGACUGGCUCAGAGACGGUAAAUUCGCGCAAGACGUCGCGGCCGGACUGAUACAACUGCCAGAGAGAAUACGGAUCAAUUCCACCAUUUUGAGGAAGGCCAUGGCCAAGAUUCUUGGAUCGGAUGGGCAGUCAUUAGAUGAUACCGGGGAAGGGUCUGUAUCGGUCAUCUUUACAAGGCCGUUCAAAGCUAUUACAUAUUGCGAGCCUACACUUCGUCAGUGGCAUGCUGAGCUGGAAAAGAAGCAUAAUAAGGUAUCAACUUCCACCAAAGAAGAGACGGUCAUUAGCGACACAUCUCUUUCCACACAACAAACUGUCCAAGAGACUGCUGUACCAUCAAUUUCGGCCAGCGAUGAGCACCUUGGGAAAGAGUUGGCUCCAGAGUCCUUGAUAGACAAGCUCAAUACAGCAUCGCCAGACGAGGCCAAGCAGCAGAAAGAAGAAGAUCAAAAAGAAGGGAACGCACAGAGCGACGCAGAUUCGCUGAAAGCACUAGGCCAUUUACAGUGCAUACUCAAUUUCAUCGAUUCAGACAUAUUAGCCAGGAAAUCCGCCCUCGAUGGAGUUCAAAACCACAAAGCCUUCUUCUCCGACCUCUGGCAUCUUUUCCGACCAGGUACAGAAGUAAUCAGAAGCAAUGGUAAACAGGCUUACAGGGUCAUAAGAACCACUAGCUCGGCCCAUCGGUUUGUCAACACCAGAUCUUGGUGGGAUAAUAUUGCUACGCAGAAACGAAGCACAUCUUUCCUCCUUGAUUGUGUGUAUAUCGAUUUUGAUGGCACUAAUCUGGGACCGGUAUAUGUACAAUUUUCCAUCAAAGUCUUUGAGGGAGAGAAAGAAGUAACCUCAUUCGAAGUCUAUCCGCUUCGUUUUCAUCGAACAAAACGAUCAGACUUUAGUGACUCGGAAUGGGACCAGGUCCAGGAACUUCCGAGUGACGAAAGGUUUCGCCGAAAGCUCAUCAAUCGGGGUGCAAAGUUGAUGAGCGUGCUUCCGAUGAAACACAUGUACUAUUCUGGUCUAAAUCUAGAAACGCGAGACGAGGUUGAGAGUCAGGUUGUCAUCGACUUUGACAUCCCCGCAUCGAUAGACGCCCCAGAUGAUCCAAACAAGCCAGUCCCUCGAGACAGACCGAAAUGGAAACCAGAAAUACGCAGCGUUAUUACGAAACUCACAGAAUCAUCAGAUAAAGGGUCCAAGGGAGAUCUAGGACAAAAGACUUGUCACGGACCGUGCUGCUACGGAGAAUUUGUAUACGACGACACGUUUAUCGAUCAGAAGGAGGCGACCGAAUACAUCGAAAGCCUCGUGCCGAAAACGCGCGCUAUCGACGAUCACUCCUCGGUGGCAAUUUCACCACGGCCCUUGAAAGAGGUGCAAGCGGAUACAAGCGGCGUGGGCUCCAUUUCAAACGAUGAGCUUGUUAUUAUGACUCAUAGAGUAUUUGGUUUUGUUCUUCGAAGUCGAAAAUGGGGUAUGUGGCUUAAUGGAAUGCUCAAUAAGGUUAUUGAUCUGACAAUGGCGAAUUUAGCAAAAUUGGAUCUCUCCUAUAUUACCGAUGUUCACUCUUCAAUCCCUAUCGAGAUAGCAGACAACUCGGCAGUGGAACCAAAUACCGAUGAGACAGAACCGAGCACUGCCCUUGACCGCCUUGUCCUCGAAGAAGGACAUCGGAAUAUGAUUGUGUCGCUUAUCUCGCAGCAUUUUCGUGAAAAGGCAUCGUCGAGAUCACAGAAAGAGGAAUUUGACAUUGUGAAGGGAAAAGGAAAGGGACUUAUUCUACUCCUCCACGGCGCCCCUGGAGUAGGAAAAACAUCUACAGCCGAGGGCGUGGCGGAGCUGUUUCAGAAACCACUGCUACAAAUCACCUGUGGUGACCUUGGAUCAACAGCACGAGAAGUUGAAGAGGCCUUGGAGACGAACUUCGCAAUGGCAAGCAAGUGGGGAUGUAUCUUGCUACUUGAUGAAGCGGACAUCUUCCUUGCAGAGAGGACUAGAGAAGACUAUGUAAGAAAUGGACUUGUAGCCGUCUUUCUUCGAACUCUAGAGUACUACAACGGUAUUCUGUUCUUGACGACGAACCGUGUCGGCGAUUUUGACGAGGCCUUCACAUCACGAAUACACGUCAGCCUGUAUUACCCCGAGCUUGACCACAAGAAGACAAUCCAAGUGUUCAAGCUGAAUCUGGAAAUGAUCGAAAAGCGCAUAGCCCAGAAGGGAAAGACGAUUCAGUUAGACAAGACAGACAUCUGCAUGUUCGCGGGCGAGCACUUUAUGAAGCACGAGCACGCGCGCUGGAAUGGCCGACAGAUCCGCAAUGCCUGCCAAACAGCGCUGGCGCUGGCUGAGUUUGAGGCUCAAGGGAACAACCACAAGGCUGUUCAGAUACCUAAUGCUGCCAUAAAGCUCGAAGUGCGACACUUUAGUGUGGUACAAGAAGCGUACCUUGAGUUUGCCAAGUACAUGAACGAUCUAUAUGGUACAAAUGCUGCUAGGAGGGCAAAGGAAGCGAGACUCCGAGCUUUGUGGGAGCUUGAACGCAACAUCAACCUAAUGGACAAAUCUUCAUUCAUGCUUGGGGCACAAAAUCAGCCACAAGCAAGUUCUCAACGGUAUCCACCAUCUCAGCAAGGAUUCCGCCCAUCCAAUUUUCAGCAGCAGCAAAGUUUCCCGCAACAAUCACAGCAUCAUGGGUUUCCGCCAAAUCAGUUUUACGAGCAACAACCUCCGUCGCACCAGAAUCCCAACAUGGUUAUGCCUCAACCGAUCCAUUCCAAUCACCCUCAGAUUCAUGUUCAAGAGGAAUUGCCGGGAAGGCGAUCAUGGGACUCCCAAUCUGGGAAGCCUUUUGGAGCUAGUGAGGAUGAGAAUAGAUCCAGAGAACUUCCUCGGUCAACCCCGAUACCAUACCAGCAGCAGCAACAGGGUAGUCAGAACUGGGUGCAGCAGAGCGUUCAAAGCAUGUAUGAGGGUUCUGGACAUCAGGAUGGCUUCGAGCGGUCAGACGGCGAUUAUUCGUUGGGUACUAGGAGGUAG